ACUGAAAGAUUUUAACGUUAAAUAAGUGAAUUUGUUCAUUAUCUCAAUUGUUGUUUAUUUUUUUAACACAUUUCGAACGCUCAUCCAAGUGGUUUUCACUGUGAUUAAUUAAUUCUGUUUUAAGAUGUUGUUCGCGUUUCUGGAUUAUGUGUGCAAACUUAAUACUUAGUGCGAGUGAUCGGCAAAUUUUUUUAUUCUGUAUCUAUAUAGUGAACCGUAUUAUCGUAUCUUCCCUGUAAACAGUUUGUUUGUUUGUUUAAUUAACAAAUACAUUGACAAUAUGGUUCUGUUUCGAUCGCGACGAUUUUUGGUGAUAUCGAGGAUUUUAUUUUUGGUUCUGGACUCUCUACUGGAAUUUGCAGACUCCGCAGCUAAAGAUGUUCCGUUAAUAAACAUGCAGGUGGUGGCAGGAGAUCCGGUCUAUCUUCCGUGCGACAUUUCCACGCCAGAUCCGCAUGAUCAAGUUCUGCUGGUCCUUUGGUAUCGCGAGGAUCUCGGCACUCCAAUAUACAGUGUGGAUGGAAGAGACAGGGAUUUCGGUCUGGCCGAGCGAUGGUCGGACGAGAAUGUGUUUGCCAACAGGGCCUACUUCAUGCCGGAGAAGCAACCGGCGGAACUCGGGGUCGACCACAUAAGGGAGUCCGACCAGGCUGUCUACAGAUGUCGGGUUGACUUCAAAGUCGCCCAGACCCGCAACAGCAAAGUCAACUUGACUGUCAUUG